AUGGAAGGCACACUUCACACACUCGACGACACAAUGCACGACACGAUGUCAGAUGCACACUUAGUAGACAAUCAUAUAAUGGACGGUACUGAACCCAUAGUCGAAGAGGAAGUACUAUCUGUAGAUGUGGAGUUAGCGAAACAGAAGGAAAUAUUUAAAGAUUUUUCAACUGAAUUUCAGAGGUUACAACUUAGCCCUGGCGGCCCUCUCGGAGAAUACUUCGAAGCAGUCCAAGCUCUUGCACAGUGGCUGAUACGACAGUCUUCCCGUUUCCCAGACUUUCCCCUAACAGACUCAAAACCCGACCAAGAUGCUCUUUCCUCUAUUAACGACAUAUUAGCAAGAUUACACGCAGAAAUAAUAACACAAAAAUCAGAGCAUGCUAAAACAAGUAACGUUAAAUUGCGAGAGUUCCAUUGGGUGGCUGACAUACAAAAAAAACUAGACGAUGUAAUAUCACAGGUCAAAGAGGUCGAAGCGACAUUAGACGGCGUUGAGGAAAGCAGGCGCAGAACACACGAUGACCCUGCUAACGGCCAACUAAGUGACGUCAUUGUCACAGGUUUUAUCUCAACAUCCCAACUAGACGAAUGGUAUACCAGGGUUGUAGAAAUUGAGGAACUGCUUCAUAAUGUUGACGAGAAAAUCAAUGACAUCCAUCAGCUCCAAGUCCAACAUAGGCAAUACAGAAUACCCACAGAGCUCAAACAAAAUAUUGACAAUACCAUCAGCACAAGCGUUAAUUCACUUAAAAGCAAAAUAGCAGAGAUCAAGACUGCUAUAGAAUACGAGCGGAAAAUAUGUCGCUGGUUUGAUGAAGCAAAAGAGAUAGAGAAAUGGAUAGCCGAUACUCAGAGUAGGACAAAUCAAUUAGAGGUUCCCGACUUUAUCAAUAAACAAGAAUGGACAGAAGAAGAACAAAAUCUAGAAGUAAUAGUAGACGAAAGACGAAAGAUGAUUGACGCAAUUACCGCAGACGUUGAACAAUUCAAACAAGAUAGGAUCGAUUUAUUAAAUAGUAAAGCUGAUGAUAUUAUUGCUGAUACAAAAGAUUCAUCUAAUCAAGACGAUCAAGCGGUUAUAGAUUUGAUAACGAAGCAACGCAAGAAUCUGGACGAUAAGCUUGCCAAACUAACAGAUUACAUAACAUUGAUUCUAUCACAAACAACUGUCGAACGAUAUACGGGACUUCUCAAGAAUCUCAAUGACUUGCAGAAAAUGCGGCUACACAUGCAAUCAGUCCGAAAACUCAUUGCCCAACAAAACGAUGCUGAACUAGUGACCGGUGAUGUAAAGGAAGUCGAGGUAGAGAUAACAAACUACCAACCAGAGCUGCCAACCGACGACUCUGCUCUAUCAAAGGCUGUACGACAACGCCAUUCAAAACUGUUAAUUACCAUACAAAACAUCCGCGUAGCUGUGGAAGAGAACAAACUUCAGAUGGCCGCCUAUCUCAGUCCCUCAAGUCCGAGCUCCCCAACUUCGGCUGGGUCGGACUUUGACAGGCUAAGCUCUGAAAUUCAGGAACGACUAGAAUCGUUUAGUAUACGACUUGUCCCCCCACCCGUGUACAUGCUCGAAACAGAUUCAGAAAACGAUGAACCAGAACGAGUACAUGGACUUACGUGCAAUGAUGAUCAUGUCGAAGAGCUCACGGAACGGUAUGGUUCGAUAGAAUCGGAACUAGUUUCAUUUGAGAGAAGCAUUUGGGUCGAAUUCUGGCUUAACAGUGAAAGAGCAAAGAGAGUUCGUGGUACCGAGGUCAAAGAACGGAUCAAUGAACUAGAGACAAAGUUUGCCGAGGUCAAAGGUUUUAUGGAACUUCGCAAGUCAGAUCUCGUUCGUAUAAAAGAAGGCCGAGAAUUUGCGAAAAAAGCUCACGCGAUCCAAGAUCAAUUCGACAUUGUAAAGGGUAAAAUGAGACGCGGUGACGUUGAAACCACAACCGAUGCUUCAAUCCAAGAACUCGACAACCACAUGAGCGAAGCCCAAACUCUUCUCGAUGGACUUUGUAUAGCUCACACUCCAAUGAUGGCUGAAGAUUUCGAUGACAGCAGCUUCAGAGAAUCUUUCGAAAAAAUUAUUUCUGAACAACAACUUGUCCAGGACUGGAUUGAAGAAGUACGCAUCUGGUUCAGAGAGGCUGAGCGUAUUCGUAUCUGGAUCGAACAACGUAUAGACGUUUUGGAAAACGUUCCCCAGGUAGAUGUCUAUCAGGAAGGUCCAGCGCCAGUGACUGAAGAACAAGUCAAUACAUGGCAGAAAGAGUAUGAAGAAUUGGAACAUGACGUGGAAAAGUUUGAUGCAGAAGAUAUGUCUCGACUUCGCGAUCAUGUUAAAAACAUCAUGAGCAGUGACAAAAACACUUCCAACACAAUGUCGCCGGCCGACACAAUGACGAUAUCUAUAACGUUAAAAACCCUCGCUUUCUUAGAUCAACUUUUCAACAUGUUAAAACGACGUGCUAACGAACUAGACUGUUUGGCGUUGCGUGUUCAGUGGGAGCAAGAAUAUGAGGAAGCCAUGAAACAGUGGGAAGGUUUCAUCACAGAGAUUAACGACUUUAUAAAACAACGCAGCCGAUGGAAAGCUCCUACUAGUACGCGAGCAGACGGUUUUUAUGAAGCCAUUUUGCAACCAUCUUACAAAGAAAACAGCGCAGAAGCUCAGACUUUUGGAACAAGGAUUAGCAAGUUUAAAGAUUCGGUUAUUGCAGAAGCUGGACGCGUUUUUGACGAGUUAGUCGACGUAUCGGCCACAGAGCUUCCAGAACAUUUAUUAGUACGGCAAGAGAAUUUGGAAGACCGGGAUUACGAAUAUUUGACGCUGUAUCAUACUUUUGCAAAGAAUAUCGUUGCUCAAAAGAAAAAGGUCCUCGAUUACGUUUCUGACGCAGAGGCUGCUCACCUUGAAGGCUGUCGUUUGCGCGAUGACUUGAUAAAAGAAGAAUCUAAUCCCCGCGCAUCAAUGGAAAACAAAUAUGUAGCACGAGUAAAAGCCCUUAAUGACAAAAUCAACAACGCAUGGCAAACCAAAGGCUCAACGGUCAUUUACCCAACACAUCCUCGUCAUGAAGAAUCCGAAAAUGCAGAGGUUCAAGAAGGAGUCGAGAAAUAUUACAAGUGCCUGCAAGGUCUCACCAGCGAAGUUGAAGAAGCCCUAAAAGCUUAUCAGUGCGCUCUCAGGCUCUUUAAAACCGCUGAAGAAUGUAAGAAGGAAGCUGCAAGGUUGGAGAAAUGGAUUGCAGAUAAGCACAAGUUCCUUAACAAGCGCAAGAGUGACAUGCUUGCAAAGAAAACAUUUACCAAGGAAGAUGUGGAAAAGUUCUUUGCCGAUAACACUGAAUUGACGUCAAAUGUAGCUGAUUUUGAAUCUAAAGAUCUUCGUGAUUUGCUUGAAAAGGUCGCUGCUCUUGUUGCCGAGGUCAGGACUAUUGGAACAAAGUGCGUUAACACCGACGAAUUAGAGAAUAUGAUGCACACUCUCGAAGGCCGUCUCGCUGGUUUACACGAACAUAUCGAAACUGACGCAGAGGUAUUGAGAAAGAAAAUGGUAGAAUCUUACAUGAACCAAGCAACAGAAAUUACAUCUUGGAUUGAGCCUCGGCUACAAACUUUGCUUAGCAUAGCAAAUGAUGACACGCUUGGCGAGCAGACCGAGAAGCGCUUGCGUGAAUUGAUUAGUGAAGUGGAUCGUAUCGAAACUGCUCGUCAAGGGUAUCAAGCUGUUACCGCACGACAGAAGGAACUCGAUGAUCUUUGGGAAGCAUUGAAAAACGCCGUUCCAGAAGCUCGCCAAGUCCUAGAACAAGCACUUCUCUUUGUCGAUGUUAAAGAAAAAGCCAACGAAAUACUUAAAAAGAUUGCUGAUUUGGGCAAGGUGAUUGAGAACACAGAUGUCAAAGAUAUGGAUCACGCUACAACAAGAGACUGGCACAUUAAAAUAAAGGAUAUCGAGGAGAUUGAAUUUUUCCGAUUAGUCAGACUUUAUACUAAUGUUAUUGAAAGUCUCCGAGAAAAACCAACAAAAAUAACUGAUAAAGAAUCGAGUGUGCUCAAAAGUAAAUUAGAUCAAAUAUCGGAAGCCAUUCUCGGGAUCAAGAAACUUAUUGGCAAAAAGUCCGACGACUUUGAAGCUUAUCAAUCAUCACAAGUUGCCUACGCUCAUAAAGUACGCAUUGAUGACCUACAGCGAUGGAUUGAACAGACUAUAACGAACUUUGCAGAUGCCACACAAUAUGGUCUAAUGGUAGGCAAAAAUGAAGAUCAAAACAACAACAAUUUCCAGUCGUUAUCUCUUUUAUUUGAAGAGUUUACUAACGAACUGCCGGAACGUAUGAACGAAUUGGAAAGUAUCAAGGCUGAAUUUCAAGACAUUUCAGCACGAGGAGAUAUUCGCGAACUACAAGACAUUAUUAAAUGGCACGAUCAGCUCGGUACUUCUUGGGAUAGAUUAGAACUAGCUACUUCAGAAAUGAAAGGACUUGUUGACAAAGUCAAGAGUUGGUAUGAUUGUCACGGGAGCAUCUACCGUGUUGAAACUGACAUUGUUAAUGGGUUACGGCAGCGCAUUGAUAAGCUUGGAAGUACAGGAUACGAUGAAUUAGCUGCAGAAGUCAAUGAAUUAGAUGACAAGAUAAAAGAAGGGUAUUCGAGACUCGAGAAAGCUAAAGUUGCCUCUCAUAAAAUUCCAGAGAAGCCAGGAGAACCACUCGACGCGCAGAACAAACUUAAUUUCAAAGAUCAUCAUGACGAUAUGACAAAACGAUUAGAUGCAUUAUCAGCUGCACUCAAGGUUGCAUUAACAGCAGCGCAUAAUGCAUCCGCUCUCGCUGCUUUCCAUGCAGAGGCAGACCGUAUCAUAUCUGAUUGCUUAGAAGGAACAGCUAUUGUAAAAACCCGUCACGAUGAUUUAGAAAUUAGUGGAUAUUAUGCUCUUGAAGUCAAUGCUCUCGAAAAAGUCCUCCGAGGUUCGAUUGACGGAUACACAGAAAGUGAACAAAAGUUACGUGGCCUUGAUGAUCAAGUAAAUGGAAGUUUCAAGACGGAGGCUGAUUCAUUGAUAGAACAAAAUCCUACCAUCAACAAAGAACGUAUAUUGAGUAUCUAUAAUAGAGUAAGCGAUACUUUGAAAGGAUUUUCGGAUGCAGUUGCACUUGAGCGACGAGAGCUUGAGCUUGUACGUAGGCUAUAUGCACAUGCUAAAGCUGCUCGGGAUAUCAAGGCAUGGAUACAGGGAUGUAAACGUGCUGUACUCGACAUUCAGGUUGAUGUUACCGAUCAGGAACUAGAAAUUGCAGACCUUGAAGAAAAAGUAGCCCGAUUCCAACCAACAGUUGAUACAUUCGUAGAAAUGGCACGAAAUGCCUUAGUACCAGAAGCCGAUAGUGCUGAUAUUGAUGUACCGCAACCAGAAGAAUCAAAUCCCAAGAUCAAAGAUGCCGUACAACAGCGAACUGACCGUGUAUUAGACGACUGGAAUGCUCUCAAAGAUUUAUUAACGACAGUAAGAAAGAGUCUCAACGCUUCCAGAGAGAACCAAGAAGUCAGUCGAGCCAUCAAAGAUAUUCUCAUGGCCAUUGGCCAAGUCAAGGAACGAGUACUGAACAUUGAAUCAUAUAUCACAGGCGAAACCGUAAUCCGCCUGCCCACAAAAGAAGACAUUGAUAAUGGUGAGCGGGAGCUUGAUGAAAUCCAGGCUGAGAUUGACCACAUUCUUCAGCCUAGGAUUGAAGCUUUGGACGAGAUGCUCAGCAACCUCACAGAAAAUGCGACCGGCUAUUUGCAACAGCGCGCUGGUAUUGCCGAAGCUUUGACGAACCUCGCCAAUAUUAUCGACAGCAAACGUAAUCAACUCCGAGAAGCGAAUCGUCUAUCAAUAUUUGGCACCAAGGCUGACGAAAUGGAAGCUAUGAUAAGCUCGUUAUUAGAAGUAAUCGACGCGGCAUCCACAGCAACAGAUAACAAUCUUGCAGCACUACCCAAAACUGAGCUUCAGACUAGACUUAUUGAGCUAGAGACCAAGUAUCAAUACUACGAACCAAAGAUAUCUCAAGAAUUGGAGAACAUUCGAAUCAUGGCCGAGGCAAUUAAAGACGACUGGCGAGUAGAAGAACGACUCGGCACCCUCACUGAACAGUGGGCAGAGCUGAAGGCAUUAGCAAACACAAAGAAAGAUGAGUUGAAGCGUUUGCUUUCCGGUCAGAAGCGUGCAGCACAACCAUCCACCAGACAGCGGCGAGCGGCAUCAAAUCCUUCUUCAGGUACGGCACCAUCAAAUUCGCCUGUGCGUACAGUAACAACUCGUCCUUCAUCAAGGUUAACACCAAGAUCAUCAACUUCUUCAUUACGAACAGCACGAUCGCCCUCGCCGGCGUCUAGCCGUCUUACCAAAAGAAGUGUUGUGUCACCCAACGGAUCUCCGUCAAGACACAAUGUUAACUAUCGAUCAAGAUUGGCUAGUCCGUCGAGUACUCCGAGACAGACGCCGAGCCCGACACCUGGCGCUCCUGGAACUCCACGAAGACCUCCGAUCAGACUAUUGCCGCAUUCCAUUAACAAUUACGUACCUGAUCCUAAUGAUCAGUUGGAUGUUGAGGUUGCAAGGAUCGUUAACGCUUGUCCCGUCAAGAUUAAAGUCUCUAUGGUUGAAAGAGAAUCUGGAAAAUAUAUGUUUGGUGAAGUGGAGCCUAAACUGUGUUACUGUCGUAUUUUGAGAAGUCGUAUGGUCAUGGUCAGAGUUGGUGGUGGCUGGGCUGAACUAUCAAAAUUCCUUGUCGAACACGCUAAUCUGGAACAAAAGUACAUCCCCAAAGCCCGGUCUUUUGUCGGACCUAACGAAAUCGAACCUAGUAGUAAAGCCGCUGAUGGUGCCCGUUUUCAUGAGGCGUACAUCAGCCUUGAGCCGACGGGACCAAGACUCAGAGAAGGAGAAACGAGUUCUAGUCCCGUGGCGUUGAAAAGCUCGAUCGCUAAAAGAAAUGUGAGUAGUUUAGAUAAGUAUUCGAAACGUUUUGGGCGACCGAGCGGGAGUGGGAGCGGGUAUAAGAGAGUAGAUUGA